AUGGCUACGGUCAGGCAUUCCGGCGGCCUGAGCAGCGCUGCGGCAAGAGCACUCGCGGGCCUCCCGGAUCGUGAGAUCAAGCCGCCGAUACGGGAGCGCCUGCGUGCAUGGGAGAAGGAGAACCCAGGCGCGGUGCAGUCGAUGCUGACGGACCACGCCGCGGAGGGCGAGACUUCAAACACCUACACCCGCCCGCAGAACAUGACCACAGUGCAGUUUGAUAUCACCAAGCCGCUGUUUGAUGGGGACGAGCUGAGUGACCUGCGCUCGGACGAUGCCCUGCUCCAGGCGGGCGAUCUUGUGGAGUUGAGCUCGGGGGGUUCACGGCGACCAGCCUUGGCGAUCUGCCUGGGCAAAUUCAACGGCUAUGAACACUACUAUACGAGUAGCGGCAAGUGGUUCUAUGGUAUGGGGGUGAAGACGCUCUUCAUGGUCAAUGGCUUUGCCACUCCCCAGGAGAUUGAGCCUGUCAUCCGGGAGCUCCCGCCCUCGGACGCGCCACUGGAGCUUCUCAAUGCUCUACAGGAUCUUGGACACGGCCCGCAAAGAUCAACAGGAGCUGUACUACUGCAUAAGAUGCUCGAGUUUGUGCAAAAGUCUGAAGAGAUCUAUCAGCACAACGCGGGUACGCUUGAUGCCUCGAGCGCCUUCAUCGGUGACCAGCACAAGCACCGCUACCUGACCCUGUACGAGAUUGCGGACAAGUUGCUCCCUGCAGGAAUGAAGACGAAGGGCUCAUUCGAACCGGCCGCCCUGUACGCGGUUCACCGGGCGCUGAUGCAAAGCGAGACAUUCUUCCGACCGCUCAUGGCCACGGGCCACCGUAGGUCUUACCUUUUCGAAGUCAGUCCUCUGUCGGAGGUUCGUACCGUACAGCGAGUCGAGCAAAUGGUUCGUGAGUACAUCCAGAUCGCCGCCGUGACGGGCAACGCCACCCACGAGCUGCGCAAAAAGGGCACUCCGCCCUCGCUGGCCUCCUUUGCCCGCACCGCUCGCGAAGCUAUCGACCAGAGCCGGAAGCAUCGACCCCUCACCUCGUGCGGCGUGAUCGGUCCUUCAGAUGGCAACUUUGUGCCCACCGUGAAAUGGUCGCGGACAGAUCGCGACUUCUUGCAUUUCAUUGAGUUGUGGUGUGGCUACCGCAAGUUCCCCAAUUACUCGCGGCUGCAAGCGCUUGGUUCUGCGAUCCUGCGAGCAGUGGACCGAUAUCAAGAGACGGAGCUCUUGAACGGCUCGACAGGGUGGACCUUUCUGCAGGAGGUCGGCCAGAUAUCACCAUGGGAGAUCCCCGCACGAUUCACCACUAGGUUUCCAGACGUCGAGAUCGACAAGAACGGCGGGUAUAUACGUCCGCUGCCCGAAGGUCCGCUCGAAAUGCAUCUGCAAAAGGACUUGUUUGCAGGCUUGAGGAAGAAGUGGACCGGUGUUACCGCGUUCUGUAUCGAUGCCGACACCACAGUAGAUAUCGACGAUGCCGUGUCUGUGGAGAAGACAGAGAAGCAUGAUGAGUUCUGGAUCCAUGCACAUAUUGCCGAUCCAGGUUCCCGCAUCUCGCCAGAUACACCCGUGGCAAAGUAUGCAGAGCUUUUGCCGCAGACGAUCUAUCUGCCUGGCAACUUCGAGCGGAUGCUUCCAGAAAAGAUCGGGCGUGCCAAAUUCUCUCUAGCCCCAAAGCGGCCUUGCCUUACUUUCAGCGCGCUUGUAGACGAGUCUGGCCAGAUUCUUGAGUCAAAGAUUACCCCUGGUAUUCUUCAAGAUGUGGUCUACAUGAACGGCGAGAACGUAUCACGAGCUCUUGGCGAAGUUAGAGGAGAGCCGGUCGUGGGGACAGGUCAGCUUGCGAUAGGCUCACAAUCGCAAGAGGCGCCACCACCAAACAGACCCAUGACCGAAGAGCCAACACCAGCUCAGCUAGAAGACCUCAAGCUCCUCUCGAGACUAGGGAAGCGCAUGCACGAGAGGCGGCUCAGCCGAGGCGCGACGCCGCUAUUCCAGCCUCGGGCCGAAGUCGACGCAUAUUUCCAAGCGACACAACAACCUGACUCAACGGCGCCGAAGACAGAUCCCUCGAUUCGCAUCGGCUACAAACAGAGGACAGAUACCGACAUUGUCGAGAACGUCAUGAAGCUUGCUGGUGAAGUGGCCGCGCGAUGGUGCCAUGACCGUGGCAUCCCAAUCCCAUACCGCACGCAGCCCCACGCCGCACGUAACAUGGAGCGCAUUGCGCAGUACACCAGAGAUGUGUUCUACCCACUCCUCAAGCAGGGAAUCCGUCCAGGCGAUCAACAAUGGCGGCAGCUGCGCUCUCUUGUUGGCGUCGACGAGCUCACGACCAACGCGGGCCCGCACUGGACCCUCGGCGUGGACAUGUACACAAAGGCCACCUCUCCGCUGCGCCGCUACUCUGACCUCAUCGUGCACUGGCAGAUCGAGGCCGCGCUUCUCGAAGAGCAGCGCCGCGGGAAGUCCCUGGUAGGGAACAAGGACGACACGUUCCUGCCCUUCCCGAAGGCGCAGCUCGAUCGGGUCCUGCCGAUGCUGCGGCUGCGCGAGCGCCAGGCGCGCGCUCUGACCAACGGCGACGGCGGUGACCAGUGGAUGCUGUACGCGCUCGUGCGGGCGUGGAAGUUCAACGAGGCGCCCCUGCCCGAGACUUUCCAGCUCACCGUCGAGCACGUGCUUGGCAAGCAGUCCAUCUCGGGCAAGCUCGACUGGUUCGAGCGCAGCGCCGUGCUGCGCGCCGACGCCCUGAACGGCGUCACCCGCAUCGGAAACGUCCGCGUGGGCGACGUGCUGACUGUCAAGCUGCAGGACGUCAAUGUCCAUGCAAACAAGGUGCUCGUCGAGGCAGUCGAUGUCGUCAAGAGCAGCAGCCUCGCCGCCGAGGCUGACUCGGCCGCCACCCUCGGUGGUGAUGCGGCGUCAAGCUCGCCCGUGACGGCACCCAUCUCUUGA